AUGACAAUGGUUAUUAUCCAAAAAGGAGAUGUAUGGAAUGAGAUAGAAAGAUGGAUACGAAAAGGAUUAGAACGAGAAAGUAUUGAGAAAACAGUUAAAAAAUUCACAAAACAAAUGUAUGAAAUGGAUAUAAAGAAAACAAUGAAUAUUGGAGUUAAAUAUUUUGCAAGUUGUGGAUUAUAUUGUUUAGUUCAACCAAACACACCAUAUGAAAUCAUUUAUGAGUAUGGAAGAAUAAUGAUGAAUGAAGCAAAUCCAAUCAUUCAAAGAAAUAUGAGAUGUAUUGUUAUGAAAGUGAUUGAGAGUUGUUAUGAAAUGAAGAAAGACACCACAGAAAUACGACAAAUCAUCGAUAGAAAAACAUGUGAUAUGGAUAAAGUUAUUGAACUGGCAUUGAAAUAUAAAGAUGAAAGAACAAUAUUGAUGAUUAGAAGAAAGAAAGGAGAAAUUAAAGAAUGUUUUAGAAAUCUUCAAAGCAGAAGUAUCACAUGUUUAAAUGAAAUAGACAAACAAAAUCAAAAUCAAAAGAAGAAG